AUGCAAAAUGAUCGCUUUCGAUUCAUUGAUGCCGCUGUACAGAUCUUUGCAGACGCUAGACCUCCAGGUAUAUACAAAAGCGACUACUUGCGCGAACUCUUUAGAAGAUAUGGAGAUGAAGAGGACUGUCCUCCGGCUCCAGAAAAGCCUGAUUGGUGCUUGGGUAAGUGUCUUAAUCGCUUAACUAAUCGCCAAAUUUUUUAUUGA